UCGUUGCUAAGGGACUGUGCACCAAUGCAAUCCAUUCAUCUUUAGACCUGAAGAAAUCGCGAAUCGAGACAUGCAAAUGGACAGGUCGCUUUGCUUAUGUUUACUGAAAAUCUGCUUACGUAGCUGACAGUAUUUUUUUUUCAGUAAAGCCAGCAGUUUCGAUUUCCAAAAUGGGGGAGCCACAGCAGGUCAGUGCUCUUCCACCGCCUCCAAUGCAGUACAUCAAGGAGUACACGGAUGAAAAUGUGCGAAAGGGACUGGCCCCCAAACCCCCUCCUCCUAUUCGAGACAGUUACAUGAUGUUUGGCAAUCAGUUCCAAUGCGAUGACCUCAUUAUUCGACCACUGGAGAACCAAGGCAUUGAGCGCCUUCACCCUAUGCAGUUUGACCACAAAAGAGAGCUGAAGAAACUAAAUAUGUCCAUCUUGGUCAACUUUCUGGACCUUCUGGAUAUCCUCAUCAAAAGCCCAGGCAGCAUUAAGCGAGAGGAGAAGCUGGAGGACUUGAAACUCAUUUUUGUCCACAUACAUCACCUCAUCAACGAGUACCGUCCCCACCAGGCCAGAGAGACGCUACGGGUCAUGAUGGAGGUUCAGAAGAGACAGAGGCUGGAGACGGCUGAGCGUUUCCAGAAGCACCUGGAGCGGGUGGUGGAGAUGAUCCAGGGGUGUCUUGCCUCACUGCCUGAUGAUUUGCCACAACCCAACAGCUCCAGCGUGGGAGAGGCUGGUGGCGUGGCGUCAGCUGGAGACUCCAGACUGAAAACCGAGCCUAGGGAUGUAGAUGAGACGGGUGUUAGCUGCAUGGUUGCACAAACUGACAAGAACAUGCCCAGUAAGGACAAAGUGUGGGAUAAGGAUGCUGCAAUGUGCAGUAUUAUUGAUGAGAUGACUUAAGCUAAGGAAUUAUAUAUAUAUUUUAUGUUAUUCAGGAAAUAUCAGUUCUUCAACUUUGUUACAAAACUUGGAAUAGGCAGUCAACAGGUAGAACACAACUACAGACAUUUUUACUGUUUAACAAUGUGGCCAGAUUACACAGUCGAUGAAGUAGAAUUAUGUGUGUAAAAUAUUAAAGGUCUACUGGUCUUUUCAUUUCAUAUUUUAUACUUUUCAUGCUCAAAUUCAUAUCGCUCACGGUAUUUUUGUUAUUUUGUAUAAAUAACACAGGCACAUUGAAACGUAUAAAAUAAAUUUCAACCAGAUUUCAUAAACUUGUUUG